CCUAUUUAGGCGAGAUAAUGGAACCAUCCAUGAAACCUCAGCACAUAACCAUGGUGCAUAUGUGAGGAAGGCACCUGGUCUUUCCAAGCGUUUUAUUCCUGAACAGAUUAAAUCAAUACAAAGUGUUAUGUCAGGGGCUCAGCUUGUGAAAUGGGAGGUUUUACGUUUAAGAAAAUACAAACUCUACAACCAAUAUCGGGUGGCAUUACAUCCGGAUAUAAAUUACUCUGACUCCGCCCCUUUUACAUAGUGCCCCAGUGGCCUAAUGGAUAAGGCACUGGCCUCCUAAGCCAGGGAUUGUGGGUUCGAGUCCCAUCUGGGGUGGUUGCUUUUUCUGAAGUUGAGGCAAUCCAUCAAAAGGAAGAACAUGGUGACGAAUAUUGGCUCAUGCAAUUAAAAAAAGCAGCAACCAAAAACAAGGCUCUAUUCGCUCUGUGGAAAUUAUGCUUCACCACCGUCGCUCUCAAAGAACAAAAUUUACUCUUUGAAGCAGAGAUUCACAAGAAAACAUCAGUCGACAUGGAGAAGCAAAGCAUCAAGCUGUGCGUACUGCUGAGCGCUCUGGCUGCAUCUGUGCAAACUUACCAGCUCCGAGAGGCCACUGUGUACUGGGAUGCUGCCCAGAAAAGUGUGAUCCUGAGGGAAGGGGCGAUGGAAACAGAAGGGGGAGCCUACGGGUACUUCAAUGACACUCUGCUCCUCUCUGGAUGGGGCGUCUUGGAGAUCUGCGCAGGCCAUGGAGGAACCGCACAGGAAGAUGAGACCACCUUCUUCCUGGCUGGGUACCUGGAAGGCUAUCUCACUGCUGGACAGAUGUUCAAUCAUUACUCCAACAUGUACCCUCAACUCCUGAAGGAUGACAAGGUUUUGAAUCCUCUGAAGAGGUUCUUAAGUAAGCAGGACCAGUGGGCCAGAGAGCAGGUGAAACUGAGGAGACACAGCGACCCCUUGUGGAACCACCUGGGACUGAUCCUGGCCCAGCUGGACGGACUCCACGCCGGAGCUGCACGGUGGGCCAAGAGCAAACACAGAGAGCCUCUAUCAGCAUUUGCCCUCCAGUUUCUGAAUGGCGUUGGCGACCUCCUGGACCUCGUCCCAGCUCUGACGCCUCGCUCCAACUCCUCCACAGGGACCGGUGCUUUCAGGAUGCCAGGAAUGGGCCACUGCACUGCUCUCAUCAAGCGUCAGGCACUUCUUCACCACAACCCAUUCUCUCCCUCCUCUGCGUCCAAGGUGCUGCCAGGCUAUGAGAACCUGCUGUUUGGCCACUCUAGCUGGUAUACGUAUGCGGCCACCAUGCGUAUCUAUAAACACUGGGACUUCAGGGUGUCUGACACACACACGGCCACUGGAAAGAUGUCGUUCAGCAGCUACCCUGGCUUCCUGAUGUCCCUGGACGACUUCUACCUGCUUGGAAGCGGCCUGCUGAUGACUCAGACCUCCAUCGGCGUCUUCAACGUCUCUCUGCUCUCCCAGCUCAGCCCUCACAGCCUGCUGGCCUGGCACAGAGUCCGCCUGGCUAACAGCCUGGCGGACAGCGGAGAGGAGUGGGCGCACAUCUUCUCCAGAUACAACUCAGGUACGUAUAACAGCCAGUACAUGCUGGUGGACCUGAACAGGGUUUCUCUGGGUCACAGUAUCAGGGAUGGAGCUCUGACUGUGGUGGAGCAGAUUCCCGGGAAGGUGAUGCACUCUGAUCAGACUCCAGCUUUACGCAGAGGUUAUUGGCCAUCCUACAACGUACCGUUUCAUGUUGAAAUCUACAACCUGAGUGGGUACAGUGUGAUGUGGAAGAGAUACGGAGAGGACUUCUCAUACGACCUCUGUCCCCGAGCCAAAAUCCUCCGCAGGGACCAGGCCAAGGUGUCAGACCUGCACUCCCUCAAACACAUCAUGAGAUACAACAACUUCAAGAGAGACCCCUACUCCAAGGGCCAUCCAUGUAAAACCAUCUGUUGCCGAAACGACCUGAGACCAAGGAGACCACGGCCAGGAGGUUGCUAUGACACUAAGGUGACGGACUACCAGAUGGCUGUCCAGCUGGCCGCGGAGGCAAUAAACGGCCCCACGACACAGGGAGGCCUGCGUCCGUUCUCAUGGCAAUCGUUCAACCUCACGACUCAUCAGGGUCUUCCGCACACCUACAACUUUCCCUUCGUCACUAUGAGGCCCACACUGCAUCGGCCGUGAGAGCACAGAGGCAGCA